AUGUUUGCAGAGGCCAUUUGCCAGGUUCAGUCGCAGCGGCGUCUUCAAGCCAAGCACACACACGGUCUGAGCCGCUCUUCUCGAUACAUCAUCAACAUCCGUGGGUUCUUCGUAGAGCAAUAUCAAUUCUUCAGACAGAAAACAGAGAAAAAGUCCAACCUCUACAGGAGUUUAAACAUCGGAGCCUAUAACAUGGAAAAGCACCUCGCCUGGGUCGUCUUUGCCGUUUUCUGGGUUGGCGUGGUCUCGUCGCCGAACGCACGCCAACUUACUGUGGACACCUGCCCCUUGGCGACCGAGGCGUGUACCACCGCAGGCGGAGAAUGUUACAGCGUUAACAAACCUAUGCCCUUAUGCGAUUUCUACGCGAUGCUUUGCUCUUCUUCCACCUGCGCUUGCUGCAUUGAAUGCGAGAAGCAGCAGGACGCUAAGUGCCAGGCGUACUACGGAGGCUCCUGCAAGAGGAAGUGUGGCAUCGGGGAGUACGCCUUCGACUGCAAGUACGGGUGCAAGUGCUGCGGUUGUAGGACGGAGGGCCAGUGCGCGGAAGUGGGGGGGCAGUGCCAGCCGGUCACCCACAAGUGCCCCUCGGGGAUAUCUGCGCCCUCCUUGUGCAAGGGGGCUUCGUGCACCUGCUGUAUUCCUCCCGCCGACCCGUGCCCCGACCCGCAGGACGAGUGCCUCAAACACUGCGGCUACUGCGACCAGAAGUGCCAGCCGGACGAAAUACCGCUGCCCGGGCUGUGCCAGAAGGAAAAGUGCUUCUGCUGCGUUAAAGACACACCAAAACCUUGUUCAGAUGUAAACAUGCAGUGUAAUUCCACUGGUGGAUACUGUCACCAUGAGUGUCACUGUGACGAGAUAGCUCUUCCGGGGCUCUGCACUCAUGACAACUGCUCCUGCUGUGUCCAGAAUCCAUGUCCAGAUCUGAGCAUGCAGUGCAACGCCACUGGUGGAUAUUGCAACGACAGGUGCAAGUCUGACGAAGUGGCUCUGUCGGGGCUCUGCAAAUACGACUAUUGCUCCUGCUGUGUCAAGGACCCGUGUCCAGAUCUGAACAUGCAGUGUAACUCCUCUGGUGGAUACUGCAGCCACAGAUGCAAGUCUGACGAAUUGGCUCUGUCGGGGCUCUGCAAAUACGACAACUGCUCCUGCUGUAUCAGGGACCCGUGUCCAGAUCUGAACAUGCAGUGUGACUCCUCUGGUGGAUACUGCAGCCCCAGAUGCAAGUCUGACGAAUUGGCUCUGUCGGGGCUCUGCAAAUACGACAACUGCUCCUGCUGUAUCAGGGACCCGUGUCCAGAUCUGAACAUGCAGUGUGACUCCUCUGGUGGAUACUGCAGCCCCAGAUGCAAGUCUGACGAAUUGGCUCUGUCGGGGCUCUGCAAAUACGACAACUGCUCCUGCUGUAUCAGGGAUCCAUGUCCAGAUCUGAACAUGCAGUGCAACGCCACUGGUGGAUACUGCAACGACAGGUGCAAGUCUGACGAAGUGGCUCUGUCGGGGCUCUGCAAAUACGACUAUUGCUCCUGCUGUGUCAAGGACCCGUGUCCAGAUCUGAACAUGCAGUGUGACUCCUCUGGUGGAUACUGCAGCCCCAGAUGCAAGUCUGACGAAUUGGCUCUGUCGGGGCUCUGCAAAUACGACUAUUGCUCCUGCUGUGUCAAGGUUACUAUCACCAGCAUAUCCUUAGAUCACCAGCCAGCACAAAGAGCUAAUCCAUUUCUGCUGCCAAAACAGACCCGUGUCCAGAUCUGA